UAAAUACGGCACACUGUACACAGGUCAUAUAUAGUGGCAAACAAAGGGUUAAAGCAAACCAAGAUGGCUGAUGUGAUGUACGUGGCUGCUCGGGAUCUGUUUUGUUUUCUACUGCUGUUUGUUACAGUAUCAGUCUGCAAAGAUCGUCGACAGGCAGUACCCCCGGGAAAUGGCCAUUGCGUGAUGUAUGGGAUAUGUGGGGUGGACCCAGUCACCGGGAUGUCAGUCUUCUGUGCAUACACUGGUCCCCCCAAACCCCUCACUGACCCCACAGCUAGAAGUGUAUUGGACGAAUGGUGUCCAGAUUUUGCUCAUCACACUGACACGUGUUGUGACGCUCUUCAGCUGAGAUGGCUCAAGUUCAUGCUAUCAGUGCCAGAUCAGCUUCUGGGAAUCUGCCCAGCAUGCAAUCACAACUUCAGGAACAUCUUCUGCAACAUGGUGUGUAGUCCCAAACAGAGUGACUUCAUCGCCGUCACCAGCACCACUAGCCGUCACUCUGUAACUGCGAUCAAGUACGAUGUCUCUACGACGUUCGCCGACGGCAUGUUCAACUCCUGCAAGGAAGUCAGGAUGCCAUCGUCAGGCGAGAGAGCUAUUAGUGUUUUGUGUGGUCGGCCUUCAGAUAAAUGUUCCCCAAAACGGCUGCUUGACUACAUCGGCAACACAAACACUGGCCAAAUACCUUUCUCGACCCAGUUCAAUGUCACUGACAAUCCGGACACGAUACCGAGCGGAGUGACCUUGUAUCCCAUGAACGCAACAGCUAUUCCAUGUUCCUCCCCUUUCGGCAACAGAAGCAAGUGUUCCUGUAGGGACUGCGGGGCUGUUCCAUGCCCCACCACCACCCAGGCCCCGGUUCCAGCUUACCCGUGUACAAACGGUCCAUGGGACGUAAUUCAAGAAGUCCCGGGAUAUGCGAGUCUCCACCUGGUGAUUCAGAGGCUCGGCAACCACUCCGAGGUAAAGCAUUUUUACCCGCCACCGAGUCUCAAGAGCAUCAUGUUCCAAUCAGUCUUUGAGAAAGAGUUCCUGCAUCAGGUACUCGAUUUGCAGACUAAAAUACAAACGUUGAACUUCACCAAGGGAUCUACCCGUGUGAGCCUGGAGGACAUAUGCCUACAUGGUCAGGUCGCCAAACACUGCACUGUCCGUAGCGUCUUACAGUACUUUCAGAACAGCAACCACAACGUUGACAAGAAAGUGAUGGACCCAUCGGGAUUUUUCGUUAUGGCCGACUUCCUGGAUCAUCUCCUCACGUGCUUCAGACACCCCGAGACAGUCUUGGACCCUCCUCUGAACAUCUCCUGUGUGCCGGACUACGGGGGUGUGGUCAAACCGUCCCAGAUAUUUUGUGGAUAUGACGGCAGCAACUACCAGAACUCCACCGCACUGGUGAUGACGUUCGUGCUGAAGAACCCCCGGGUGUCUGCCGCUGCUGCAGUGUGGACGGAGGGGCUCCGGAGCUUCAUCAAGACGUGGCAGGACGCCCACAGCGAUGUGAAGAUCACCUUCUUUGAACCCCCCAAAUAGGUAAAACGUACAGUAUUUGUUACGGAAAGUUGCAAGUGUUGGCGAAUGGCACCAACCGCUGACCGGACACCACAUGGGAGCGAUUCUGCAGUUACCUUAGACUGAAUCCAUUCAUGUUUUAAUUCUCUGGCCUAUUGCAUUCAUGUUUUAUCUCAUAAACUUUCCAUUUCACAUCUGCUUUUCA